AUGGCACCAAAAGACCCAUUGGGGUACACGGACACCACGUACCUGCCAUUUCCCACAAGAAAUAGAAAACCAGCUGUGGAUGAACAAUUCACUCGCUUUGUUGAGAUGAUCAAGAAGAUACAUAUAAGCGUUCCUUUGAUGGACGUUCUACAUGUACCUUCUUAUGCCAAGUACAUCAAGGAUACCAUCAACAACAAGCGCCCACUGCCAUCCACUGAAACAAUUAAGCUGACGGAAGAGUGUAGCGCUGCUAUACACAACUGUCUCCUGGAGAAGAGGAAGGACCCAGGGUGCCCUACAAUCACAUGCUCAAUCGGAACUCAGCGCUUUGAUCAUGCGCUAUGUGAUUUAGGUGCAAGCGUAAGUGUGAUGCCUAAAGUUGUCUUUGACCAGCUCAACUUCACUCAACUCAAGCCAACCACGAUGACUCUCCAACUGGCCGACUCAUCGGUCAGGCAUCCAAUGGGAAUAGCCGAAGAUGUACCAGUACAAAUCAGAGGAUUGUGUGUUCCCGUGGACUUUGUGGUGCUUGAUAUGGAGUUAACCAAGGAAUCACCAUUGAUCCUUGGGAGACCCUUCUUGAGCACCGCAAGAGCACAGAUUGAUGUGAAGGAAGGAAAGAUCAGUUUACAAAUCAAUGGGAAGGAGGAGAAGUUUGAGUUCAAACCAAGGAAUCAAGAGCAAUGCUCAAUGAUCCGGGUUAGAUAUGGACCAAAUAAACAGAUAAAAGAGGUGCAGAUACAGCCUGAAAUUAUUAAAGAGAGUCCCCUUCCACCAAAGAAGGUAUGGAAGGAGAUCCAAAAGGCCACCACACCACCAAAAAGCAAUCAGAUGAAGUGGAGGCCAAAGAAGGAACAAGCAUCUCCGUCCACUUCUCCUGGACAAGGAGAUCCAUCACCAAGCACGGGAGAAAAAGGUCUUGCUCACCAGACCUAA